AUGGCUCCAUUCACCCUCUACACUCACGCCGGCCCCGGCCCCAAUCCUGUCAAGGUGGCCAUGGCCCUCGAGCACCUCGGACUGGACUACGACUGUGUUCCUCUCGGAUUCGGCGAGGGCAAAGGCACCGUCAAGGAUCCCGAGUAUACCUCCAAGGUCAACCCCAACGGCCGGGUCCCCGCCCUGAUCGACCACGAAAACAACAACUUCACCGUCUUUGAAAGUGGCGCUAUCCUCACAUACCUGGCUGAGAAGUACGACCCCAGCGGCAGACUCGCCGGCAACACCGUCGAAGAACGUGCAAUCGUUAACCAGUGGCUCGCCUGGCAGGUAUCCGGUCUGGGCCCCUACCAAGGCCAACUGGUCUGGUUCGUCGUCUUCCACGAGGGCGCCCACGGCGAGAAGCCCAACAGUUCCGUGAUCGCGCGCUACCAGGCCGAAGUGGAGCGUCUGCGGGCCGUGCUGGACAAGCAUCUGGUCUCCGCGGAGAACGGGUUCGUGGCGCUGGGCCGGCUGACCAUCGCGGACUUUGCCAUCUUGCCCUGGUUGAAAGGCUCGGUGCUGACUGGGUCUGCACUCAAGCCCUUUGCGGAGUACCCGGCGAUUGAGGCUUAUAUCAAGAAGCUGGACGCACUGCCUGAGGUGCAGGCUGCUUACAAGAAGGCUGUGCCUCCUAUGCAGUAG